AUGAUUCGAGUAGAAUCGAUCUUUGUAUGGCUGUGUUUGCUGGUUAGUGUACCCGUUUGGGGACAGAAUGCAAUCGGUUUACGAGCUUCUGCAGCACUUCGCGGCAUUCAAGUUGGAACUGCAGUCGUAGUUGAUUACAUACGAGAAAAAGCUGAUUUCAACGAGUACGCUAACAAAAUUCAGAGAGAUGCUACAAUAAUCGUCACAGAGAAUGAUUUCAAACCGAAGCGUAUCUGGUUAGGUGACGGCAAAUACAAUUGGAAUAAUACUGAUUUUCUUGUGGGUUCAACAGCUAAUUCUACAGGCUGGGCUCAACAGAAUCUGAUGGCUGUACGAGGACAUACUUUAAUAUGGCCCGAUGAUAGUUUCACCCCUAAAUGGUUAUUAGAUCAGGAGUCCUCAAUAACAUCGGAGAAAGCCAGAUUACUGUUGACUGAUUACAUUCACGCUGUAGUUAGCCGUUAUCGCGGCAAAAUACUUGUAUGGGAUGUUGUCAAUGAAGCACUCAACUCUACGAAUACUUCCAAUCCGUUGAACUUACGCGACAGCUUUUGGCUAAGAAAACUGGGCCCAGAUUACCUUAAAAUAGCUUUUUCAACCGCUCGCGCAGCUGAUCCGAAUGCAAAACUUUACUAUAAUGACUUUGGCAUCGAAAGCACAGGAUUGAAAACGACGAGAACUAUCGAUCUCAUCAAGUGGGUAAGAUCACAAGGAGCAACCGUUCAUGGUGUUGGUAUGCAAUGGCAUAUCGAUUCGUCGAGAUCAGUUACACCUGGCGAUGGACAUUAUCAAAGUGCUCAACAGUUUAUCAACAAUCAACUAUACAUAUCAGUAACAGAAUUGGAUAUAUCGAUUCCAACUGAUGGUGGAUAUUUGAUAGAUCGGUCAGAUCUUUACAAACAAGCUGCUCUCUAUCGAGCUGUUUUGAACUACGCCAUUCAUUUCUAUCCCAAAUGCGAAGCAUUUCUCACAUGGGGUUUCACAGAUCGCUACAGUUGGCUUCCCGAUUAUCAUAAAUAUAAGAAAGGCGCUGGUUUACCAUUGGAUUGGAUGUAUCGGCCCAAACCCGCCUAUUUAGAAAUGCAAGAACUGAUGACUCGUGUUGUUAUUGAUGGAGUCUACCGGCUUUCGCCUCAAUUACAACCAGAUAAAUGUCUCGGUGCUGGUAUGAGUAAUAAUGUUCAACUUUAUGGUGGCAGCUGUGAUGAUAACAAUAAAAGAUGGAAUAUAACUUGGCUCGGCGAUGGAAGUUAUCGGUUUUCACUACUGAGCAAUCCAAAUCUUGUUCUUGCUGGUCAUAAUGUAUCAGCAUCUCGUGGAUAUCUUCAAACAAAUUAUUGGACAAAUUAUAUCAGUCAACGAUGGGCGUUUUCUGCUAAAGGUAACAGUACAUUUCGUAUCGUACCUUAUACUGCAUGGUGGAAAGUCAUGACUUUGGACGAUACAUCGGACGUCAGUGUUGUGAGUUAUGCGAGCGGUAAAUCUCAACAUUGGAUCUUAACUAAAGUUUAA